AUGGAGAGGGUACAAUACCAGCUCGAGCGCUCCGUCCCGCAGCUCCAGUUGCUCGACGAAAAUGGCGUCUUCUCCAAAGAGCAGCUCCGCUCCAUCACGACACAGCGUCAGACUUUCGAAGGACGUCUGUUGCGACGAGGACCGGACAAGAACGACUUCCUUCGCUAUGCCGACUUUGAACGCAAUCUCGCCGACCUGAUUAAUUUGAAAGCGAACCGUAUUGGCUUGCCACGCUCUUUCCACCGCGACAACGCAGCAGCUCACACCGGUCACAUUGUCGCCAUCUACGAGCGUCUUGUACUCAAGUUUAAGUACGAUGUCGACGCUUGGCAACAGUACAUAGCUUUCGCAAAGAGUCGAAAGAUGCGUGUUGUCACUGGCAGAGUUUAUGCUCGUGCGCUCUCGUUGCACCCUAGCAAUGUUGCCCUCUGGCUCGCCGCAGCCGCUCACGAACUCAACGACAACUCGUCCACCACCGCAGCUCGUUCGCUUCUGCAGCGUGCCCUCCGACUCAAUCAUCUUCCAUGGAAACAGGCCUCAUCCGAUAGCACAGCAUCGACCAGCGGCAAGCGUGACAACGAUGGCAACAAUUUCGACUCGAACAAGCGUUUGCGUCACGACAGCAACGGUACAGCCAGCGCCAUUGAAGAUCCUUCCAAAGCCGCAUCAUCCGGUCCGGCCACGUUGAAGCUCUCCUCGCGAGAGUCGGAUCUGCUUCGACUGUGGGUGGAGUACAUUCGCAUGGAGCUGGUCUUCAUCGAGCGCCUACGCAGAAGAUGGCUCGUCCUGGGCCUCGAAUGGGAGGAUCAAGGCCUUGCCGCCGAGGCAGCCCUCACCUCCACGGAUGCUUCCGCAGAGGCACAUCAGUCAGCAGUUGACCUCGACUCUCACUCCAAGCCAGCAAAUGGAUCCAACGGCAACGAUGAUGGAGAAGGCGACGACGAGACAAUACUGCUCAGCCAAGUGCCGGACAAGGACGAUGACGCAAAUCCCGAAGCACUCGAAUCCGCCACCGCCAAGCCCAACACGUUCACGCCCAGAAAGAUGACCACCAUUCCUCCAACACAGAUCUCCAUCUUGAGGGGCAACAUUCCCCUCUUCCUCAUUGGCAGCGCUCUCGAGUCUCUGGCACCUCAUCUCCAUUUCGUGUUCCUUGUUGCUCUCGUUGAGCUCCUCCAGUCGUUCCCAUUCGCCGAGCCUAUCAGCAUCGAUGCCCCCAAGAGCGGCCAAGCAUUGCGACGUCGCCUUCUCGACGGCGUCUACCAGCAUCUCUCGGACCGUCAGCGUUGGGGCUGGUCCCACUUUGCGCCAGCAGCUCUUGUCUCGUGUCUGCGCUCCUUCCGUCCCGAGGUGCCCGUUUACGCUGAUAAGUCCGCUGAGACCGCCGCGCAAGUCGCCAACGCGGAAGAGAUGGACUCGCAUCGACUCCUCUCCUCGGCCAGCCAUCUGCGAACCUCAUUCUCGAACGAAACUGAUGGCCUUCUUCAGCUGGCAUCACAGCUUCGAGGCACCGCAGCCUCAGGCCUGAAAAAGGCGUCGGCGUCCUCGUCCGCUUCGAUCGCUGUCUCGCUCAUCCUUCAGCUUUUGCAGUCGCUCUUGACGGAGAGGGGCCGAUCGGCCGCAAGGCCUUCGGCUGCCUACCAAAGGCUGGCCGAGUCUGGUGUGCUUCCUACAGCGGUCAACGAUGCCGUCAAGCAGAUGCGCGCUCUUUGCGUACAAGCACCCAUCGACACCGUCAAGCCUACCGCACGCAGCGCAAAAGCGGAGUUCUACACUACUACCGCACUGCUUGUCGACAUGCUCAGCGAUGCGCAACGCUCCGGCAUCGAUGAGCCAAACCUGUUGUGGUAUCUCGACUCGGUGCAGACGCAGCUGGUCAAGGAAGCGCAGGCUGCUGGGCCCAAGAUCGAGACGGCUCAGAUGCGCGCUGUCACGCUGCGCAAGAAGGUCGACGCUGCACUCGCUCUCGAAGAUGGCAAGGAUCAGACCAACAAGCUCACAAGGCUCAGGGAUCAGCUCAAGGAGGCGACAAGCCCCGCCAGCUUUGCCUCGAGCGACGAGCUCUGGAGUCUCCGCAUCCUUGUCGCUUCGCAAUUGGCCAAGACGUCGGGCAAGUCGGUUCAGGAGAGUCGCGAUGCAAUCGCAGCAGAAUGGCAUCGAGGACUGCAGGCGUGCUCUGAACAUGCCGGUGCAGAUACAGCUAACUCUUCCGCCGAGACCAGCCUGUGGUCCCACUUCCUCGACUGGCUCGACCACGGCGUGUUUGGCGCCGAAGACUCGAGUCGCAAGCAGAUCAAGGCGUCGUUUGGCUACGCUUCGGAGCAGUAUCGAUGGGCGGUACGAGAGACAGCGUCGCUGCUCUCGCGCAGCCACAGUGCCGCCGUGACGGAUGUCGAAGCCGUGCAGGCGUAUCGCCAGAGCGUGCACGACUUGUGCGUGCUCCGCUACGUCCAGCUCGCCCGCCGCCUGGCCAAACACGGCGAGAUCAUCUCGUGGCUGCUCCAGUCGUGCUUUGCGUCGCAUGCAGCGUGGCUCGACGUCAUCUCGGAGCUCCAGCUUGACCUGAAGGGCGACGAUGCGAAUGCGGAUGCGGAUGCGGCACGAUUGCAGAAGAAUGCCCAGUUGGUGGAAAAGAUUUUUGCAAAGCUGCUACAGAUCAAGGCGACCGACGUCGAAGUGUGGAUCAGCUAUCUGGGCUACCUGGCCGCCAGCGACAUGACCGAGGCGCUCAAGGUACUCGAACGAUGCCGCAGCACCCUGGAGAAGAGCGAAUACAAGCUGGUCGAGAAGCAGUGGCACCGAAUCUGCGAGGAUCUGCAGAACCAGUCUAGCGCUGUCACCCAGACUGAGGAAGACAAGGAGGACGAGGAGGUCAGCGAGGAGCAAGAGUAG